UACCCCCGUAACUUUCCCCACCUCGUCAUUUGUUUGUUACGUGUCACAGGAAGAUAGUUUUGCUUUUGCUUUUGCUUUUGCAAAGCACUUCCUCGAUUCCUAUGCCAUACGGAAUUAUGACAUUGUGGUAAUUGGAUGGGGACUCUAAGAUAAUAAUCAUGAUGAUCAUUAUGAUCAUGAACCAUGAUAGUAGUUACUUAUAUAAAUUGGGUUGAGAGGGGUCGUUUCUGGACAAGCCUAGAUUUCAGCUGACAGAGAGAAAGCGACGAAAAUAAUUAUAAUAAGCAAUCUCGCAAUUCCUUUGAAAAGUGGCUUAGAUUAUUUUAUUUGUGUCUGUCUGGAUAUUCUGUUAUAUGUUGGGCAAGACUCUGCAUCAUCAUCUGAGUGGAAAACUUGCCUGCCACUGCAAGAGAGUCAAAGAAAGAAAUAUUAUAAAAACCAUGGCAGAGGUCAAUGUGGAUGUGAAUGUGAAUGCUGGUGUAUCAAAGCGUUUGAGGGCUAAAGGAGAAGAGGAAGCAGAAAAUGGUGCUUCUGGUGAGGAAGAAUUCAGGCCACUCUGCCGUGAAAAGGCGAGAGGAGGGGAGCCUCAGGGAGGAUGUAUUUCAUCCGUCAUACCUGGAUGGUUUAGCAGCGUCAAGUUGCCCGAGUUUCCUACAAACGUGCAGUAUUUCAACAAUCCUAUGUGGCCUGGGGAGGCACAUUCGCUGAAGGUUGAGAAGGUAUUGUUCAAGGGCAAGUCAGAAUAUCAAGAUGUGAUGGUUUUUCAGUCAUCAUCAUAUGGAAAAGUACUUGUGCUUGAUGGGGUGGUUCAGUUGUCUGAAAAAGAUGAAUGUGCCUACCAAGAGAUGAUAGCACAUCUUCCUCUUUGUUCUAUUCCAUCUCCAAAAAAGGUAUUAGUAGUUGGAGGUGGUGAUGGGGGUGUUCUGAGGGAGAUAUCUAGGCACCGCUCGGUGGAACAAAUUGAUAUAUGUGAAAUUGACAAAAUGGUUAUAGAUGUAUCCAAACAAUUUUUUCCGGAACUUGGUGUGGGCUAUGAAGAUCCACGUGUUAGACUUCAUAUAGGCGAUGGAGCUGCCUUUUUGAGGGAAUGUCCGGCUGGAACAUAUGAUGCUAUCAUUGUGGACUCUUCUGAUCCAGUAGGUCCUGCUCAGGAACUGUUUGAAAAACCUUUCUAUGAAACAGUGGCCAGAGCACUGAGGCCUGGGGGUGUGGUAAUCACUCAAGCAGAAAGUUUGUGGUUGCAUAUGCAUGUUAUACAAGAUAUUGUCUCAGCAUGCAGGCAGGCUUUCAAAGGCUCUGUCAACUAUGCUUGGACCUCUGUCCCAACAUAUCCAAGUGGAACAAUUGGCUUUAUGAUUUGCUCAACAGAAGGACCAUCUGUAAAUUUCAAGACACCUAUUAAUCCUAUUGAAAAACAGGGUGCUGCAACUAAUUUGAGAGGCCCUUUAAAGUUCUACAACUCAGAGAUGCAUGCAGCUGCAUUUGCUUUGCCAACGUUUGUUGGAAAGGCAUUGGGUCCCCUGCUUGCACCAUCUUUAUGAUAGCAGCCUUGGAGCAAAUUGCUUUACAAUUUGUAACAGAUAUGGGUGUUGUAUUCUUUCCUCAUUUUGAUAUGUUUCCUUUCAGAUAUUACACAUCUUAAGCUAUCUAAUUAAUAUGAUCCAAUACUGUAUUCCAGCUUCAUGAAUCGUUUUGGCACAAUUCAUGAAGACAGAUAUUUGGAGGAAAACCAUCAUUUGGUGGAUGUUACCAUACGAUGAUUUUGGCAUAGUUUCUGAAGACAUUGUCUAUAUAGAUUAUGGAAGAAAACCAUCAAUAGAUGGAAAUUUCCAUGACUUGAUUGCGACCAGGGUCAUCAAACUAAAAGCAUAAUUUGGUCAUUGUUGAAAAUAGUUUAAUUUGUAUCUUGAAAAAUGGCUGCACAGCUACAACUACUUUGAUAUACUUCAAAAUUAUCAGAUUAAUAUGAAAUCUUAUUCCAAGCUUAA